GUCAGUCACCAUACUUUUACAGCAUAGCGGGUCUUGUGUAACGGAGACAGCAUAGCCUACCUUUAAAUAUCCCUGUUGUUGCGUUGGGAAAUAUGAUACAGAAUACCUCAAUACAUAUUUAAUUGCUCAUAUCGUAAAUCCCCGACAGAGUGCCCUAUUGGACAGCGUUGCUUAUUUUAUAGCUAAUACAUUUGACUUAUUUCGGUGGCAGUAAUGGAACUGGAUCGGCGACUCUUGUUGGCUCAUUGCACAGCCUACACCCUUUCAGUCCUCGCCGGUCUGAUGGUGGUGGUGCCGCUGGCUCUAAACGGGUCCGACUUCAAAGGGCGAUGCGCGCUAUUCACUCAAGGAUUCUGGAGAAUGGAGAAUCGAACUGCUAUAGGGGAAAGCUCUCGGUUGGUUGUACAGGAGUGGGGGCCUCCCGCUGCCUGCCAGUUCGCCACAUUUGUUGGGGUAUUCACGGUGCUGUACGGCGCGGCGCAGGGCUGGCGAAGCCUUUUUUACCUCCAUCGACGGCACGACGACACCCUGUUCUCGGCCUUCCUUACCCUACUACUGAGCCUGUGUGUGCUGUUUCUGUCCGGCGGGGCAAGCGUCACCCUCAGUCUGGGGCUGCUCUCCUGGUGUCACACCGUCACCGACCACAACAGGCGUCCUUACAGCUGUGGAGAGGCCCAGUCUGUGCCCAUGUACUUGGAUGUUGACACCUCUUCUUUCUAUACUGAACUCACCUGUGCACAAGCUUCCCUCUGGUGUGUCACGUUCCUGUGGUUCACCCACUCCAUCCUGUCCUUCCUGCGCCUGUACCACUCUCAUAGCCAGCAGAUCAGAGGCCCAUGCCUGUCCAGGGAGAAGGAGCUGCUCCUGGGACAUCCCCCUCUGGAUCACUCCCCUCCACGUCCACAGCCACAGCCACAUCCACAUCCACAGCCACAUCCACAUGCACAACCACCCCCAUACACACAGGAGGCACCCAGUGUCUUCAUAUAACACUCACUCUUUUUACCUCAGAAAUGCACUACUUACCCAUACACCACUGACCCAACUUCAGAAAACCUCACACAACGGGGAUCUUUGGAACAUUUGAAGUACUUUUGUUGCAUAUGUGUCGUCCACUGCAUACUAUUUCAGUGCAAUCAGAAGCUAAACUUGGUUGACUGCAUGGUAAUUAUUAAAUUUAUAUUUUACAAGCCAUUGUGCUUGUGGUCAGUAGGCUAUAAGUUCAACAAAGAUAAAUGCAGAAUACCAGUAAAAUAUUUUAUAGCACAUUUUACUGAAUCCAACAAUCUUCCAGCUUGUGCCUCGUGUUUGUUUUCAGACAUUUUGAGCAUAGUGCACACAAAAGAACAAUGAUUCCGAUAUAUUUAAAAAAUACAUUUUAACAUUGUGCCGAAUCUGCAACAAAAAAUGCAUCCACACACAUUAUAAUCACUUUGUUUGUAUUGUAAUACAUGUAACUAGUUAAUUACUAGAUAUGUUCUUCAAAGAUACAAACAUGUAAUCAAACUGAAAAGAUGGCUGGAAUAACCUUGUGAACCUUGUGAAAAAAUGGACUAGUUCAGACAUACAUCAUUUAGUAGUACGGGUAUAGGCAUGCUUUCACAAACAUAUGAAAUGUCAGUCCUCAGGCACUAGUUAGGGUCACACUCUCGCACUUGUGAAGGUUUUUAAUGAUGCUGUCUGUGUUGAUGCAGCUGCUUAAAUGGGCAACAAAUAAAAACAUCACGUCUGUGAUGUUGAGAAAAAAAAAUCUCAAACAUACUUUAAAUUGCAAUAUAACAAUUUGAAAUGUAUAAGGGGAACAGUGAAACAAUCGAAAUGCCUAUUGCUCUGUGGGUUCAUUGCAUAAAGCUUGAACCCUACUUUCCCUUCUACGGCAAAGUUGAAUAUUUCAAAACAGGUUAUAAUGUUUGAAAACCCAGAGCAUAUUUGGCUGUGGUGAUGCACAGACAGCAGAGGAAAAAAACUGGAGGUAAUGGGAGAUCUCUGAACUUGAUAGUUUUAACUGUUGUUAAACUAGUGUUGUUAUUGUUCAUUGUUGAUGGUGUUUUAUACUUGCUAUUUAUUAACAUUUUAUGAAAUUACACGUUUACAUCUUUCUAAGCAAUGUAAUAAACAUGUAUUUGUAAAAACCA